AUGGAAAUACCCGAACUUGUCAGCAACAAGGAGCACUUACGACCCUUCUCCUGUAGCUGGGAGACCUGCAAGAAGGGAUUCAACCGCAAGUCAGAUCUGAUCAGACACUUCCGAAUUCAUACCAACGAGCGACCGUAUUCAUGUCCCACACCCCACUGUACGAGGAGUUUCGUCCAAAGAAGUGCCUUAACUGUCCACCUCCGUACACAUACGGGAGAGAAGCCCUAUAAGUGCCAGUAUCCUGGGUGUUACAAAAUAUUCGCUGAUUCUUCUAGCUUUUCGCGUCAUCGACGGAUACACCUAGGAAGACGCCCGUAUACUUGUACCAUUGAAACGUGCCAUAAAAGGUUGGAGCCAGUUUUCCUCUCUCCAAACGAGGCAGCACUCGAGCUAAUCGAGGAUCAGUUUCUGCCGUAA